AGGCGGGACUCAGGAGCGGUCAGCAGGACGUCGUAGAUCAAUGAACUGAACUGAGUUUUCUGCCUGGGUUGGACGACACUUUGGUGGGAUUAAACCAUAUAACCUACGCAGUGUAGCCUAUGUCAGGUAGCCUACAGAUGUGACAACGCGACAAGGAAAUUUUAAUCAGGAUCGAAAACGGAAAUACCGGAGUUUAUUUCUAAACCGGUCGAUAUGCGGAUUUUGUCCAAAUAAACCCACUGGAUUCUAAUAAACGGGUCUGCAUGUAGCUUCAUUUUUUGGGAGUAAACAAGCUUUUUAUCUCGGAAUAACUGGAAUAGGCUAUCCAGGAUGAUCUUUGCAAAUACUGCCAACCCGUUGAAGAGCACAUAUCGGAAGCAGUCGUACCCCAUGGCUCCAGCCAGCCCCAGCACGGUGAGCACCAGCAGCAACAGCAGCACCACAGGAUGGGACCAGCUCAGCAAAACGAACCUGUACAUCCGUGGCCUGCCUCCAGCAACCACUGACCUGGACCUAGUCAAGCUCUGCCAGCCAUAUGGCAAGAUCGUAUCGGCAAAGGCUAUCCUCGAUAAAACAACUAACAAAUGUAAAGGGUAUGGGUUUGUGGACUUUGACAGCCCUGGAGCAGCCCAGAAGGCGGUCCAUGCCCUAAAGACCAGUGGCAUACAAGCCCAGAUGGCUAAGCAGCAACAGGAGCAGGACCCCACCAACCUGUACAUCUCCAACCUGCCUGUGUCUGUAGACGAGCAGGAGCUGGAGGGGCUGCUGAGGCCUUUUGGACAGGUCAUCUCCACCCGCGUCCUCAGAGACUACAGCGGGGCCAGCAGAGGCGUCGGCUUCGCCAGGAUGGAGUCCAAGGAGAUGUGUAACUCAGUCAUAGCCCACUUCAAUGGGAAGUUUAUCAAGACGGCGCCUGGAACUACGGCUCCCUCUGAGCCACUGCUGUGUAAGUUUGCUGAUGGUCAGCGGAAGAGGCACAGCCACAGUCCCUACAUCCCCAGCGGUCGCACAUGGCCCCGAGAGGGAGAGCUCAGACUAGGCGGGAUGACUCUCACCUACGACCCCACCUCAGCUGCUAUGCAGAACGGCUAUUAUGCCUCUCCCUACACUCUAACGGCCAAUAGGAUGAUGGCUCAGCAAGCCAUGUCUCCCUACAUGUCUCCUGUCACCUCCUACCAGGUACAGAAUCCUUCCUGGAUGGCCCACCAGCCUUACAUCAUGCAACACCCACAGGCUGUAAUGUCGCCCUCUGUGGACCACUCCAUGACAAUGCAGCCCACCGCAAUCAUGACACAGCAGAUGGGCCAUCUCUCAUUGGGCAGCAGUGGAGCGCAGUAUAUUUCAGCCAACGCUGCAGUCCAGGCAGCCUAUAUGCCUCAGUACGCCCACAUGCAGCAGACAGCCGUAAGUUCCGAGGAAAAUGGUUCACAGCAGCAAAUGGAUUCGUCCAACAAUUCGUCUCCCUACAGUCAGCAGAGCAAGUAACGAUAAGGUGACUUCUGUGAGCAGUAAUGGAUGCUGUGGGCGCUGACUCAUGAUGUCACAGUCACAGCCUCUCCUGAUUGGACCAGACCAGACUUCAGUAAGAACUCUUUUGCACAGCUUCAACCAAACAACUGUGUAUGAUGGAACCAACAGCAAUGAUACCAUGGUGUGUAAAACGAAGACAGAGGUGUAAAAAUGGACAAAACCAACAAUUAUUCCCCCCUUCAAAACAGGAAAAAUAUGUUUUAUUUUGAUAAACGAAAAGACGUGCAUUUUUUACCACGGAUUCUCCAAGUGGAUGCAAUGGGGCAAGUAGCCUACAGCGUGAUGUUCAAAGAUGCAUGAGAUUGAUUCUUUUUUUUGUGGAAUCUGUUGACUUAAGGAAAAAGAGAUUUCCAAUGAGUUUUAUAGGUAGUUUAUUAGCCAAGAUAUAUGAUGAAAAAAAUGUUGCUUGCAAAAAGUGUUCAUUUGGUGAGGUGUUACUGGUUUUCAUUUUUGGUCUUUAUAAGAUAUUAUCAUUCAAUUAGGCUUUUAGGGUUAAUGUCUGACAUGAUUUUCUGUAUCAGAUUAAAUAUGUAGGAUUGGCCGUUUGGCAGCUGUCAAUCAAUCUAUGAAUAGAGAACUGAUAAAGAAGCAGAUGUUUUGCCAAAUAGAUGAUGGGUUGGAUAAUGUGCCUUCCUCUAACAUCAUAACAGUCAUUUUACAUAGCCUGGCAGAAUCCGAACUGAUUCCCUGACAUUUCACUGUUUCACUUCAUGGUGAUCACAGUAUUCAGCCUGGUCUAACCAGGCUACAUUAAAAAGAACAGCCACUCUUAAUUAGAACUACUGUCAGUCCAUAGUAAGGUCUCUUUAGACUUUGACAGUGUAGGUGUCUUGUUUUGUCAUAUUUCACACACAGCCAAGGAUGUGAACCUCCAUCAAAUGCUACACAUACUAAUCUCAUCUCCCUAAUUAAGACAAGAUAGCCUACAAUUCAAAUAAAAAACACAAAUAGAUUUAAAAGAAAUGCUUGAAAUUGUGAGGUAACAUCAAGGCGCUUUUAUUUUUUCUCUGCUAUUUUUUACUUCAACAGAUACAGUAAUAUUAAUAGAAAAUGCUUAACUUUAAUGAGGAAAUUACAAUCUGUUUUACUUUACGCUAAAUUGACGGGGUUGUCUUUAAAGAACAUUGAAUGGUCAUCUUGACCGUGUGUGGUCAUGUGUGACUGGUUUUUAUCUACCUCAGAGUUCUGUCUGGGCUGGUAUGGCUGGGUUUGCAGGUCCAGCCCGCCUCACCAGAGAAGAACACAAAAGCUGCGGACCAAAUCGCACCCUUUUCCUUAUGUAGUGCAUUACUUUUGACCCAUAGGCUUUUCACAUGGGGCUAUGUUCAAAACGUUGGGCCAGUAACCGUAAGGUUGCUGGAUCGAAUCCCCGAGCUGACAAGGUAAAAAUCUGUCGUUCUGCUCCUGAACAUGGCGGUUAAUCCACUGUUCCCCAGUAGCCCGUCAUUGUAAAUAAGAAUUUGUUCUUAACUGACUUGCCUAGAUAAAUAAAGGUGAAAUAAAUAAAAACAUAGACUUAGAUAGACAUCACAUCAUUGUGUCUAUCCCAUUAUGCCGUCUGUGAGAGCAUUUUGAAGUAGUCAACUGGGUGGGACUUCCAAUGGGUUAAAGGGAUACUUCGGGAUUUUGGCAAUGAUGCCCUUUAUCUACUAGCAUGCUAGCAGAU